AUGAAGAGCUGGUUGGAGACCGCUAGCAGCAUGGAAGACGGGUCGAUGUCCUGCAUGCUGGCUGAGUCUAGAGAGGCGCUUCUGCCAAUCACUGGCAGUGAGAAUUUGGCUCCUCGAAAAAGGGCACAAUUUUAUUUCAGAACAUUAGAACCCUGUGCACUAUCCGAUGAAGCAUACCUCUCGAGUGGCACCGGUUCUCCUUGUGCAGGCUUAACUAGAGAGGAACGCAGGCGACGCCGGCGGGCAACGCUAAAGUAUCGCACCGCUCACGCCACAAGAGAACGUAUAAGAGUAGAGGCUUUUAAUGCAGCGUUUGCUUCAUUAAGACGUCUUCUACCGACCUUACCACCGGAUAAGAAGCUUUCUAAGAUUGAAAUACUCAGACUGGCCAUAUGUUAUAUAGCAUAUUUGAAUCACGUUUUGGAUGCCUGA